UUCCAUUUAAUUCAAGAAUUGGGUUGGCCUGCUUCAAGCCAGCUUAUUUUGCCAGCCAUCGCAAUUUUUAAUUUAAUAAAAAAAACGAACAACCAUUUUCCGAUCACAACCACCGGCCGUCUACCGGAAAAAUGGAAGUAACCAUCCAUGAAACCACCACAAUCUACCCUUCUAAGCCGCCUUUCACCGAAAACCAUGUCCUUCCUCUCUCCCACCUUGACACCGACCGGAACCUCAAUCUCACUUUCCGAUACCUCCGUGUCUACGUCAACCACACAGCACAACAAAAAUCGAAAUCGGACCCAUUUGAAGUUCUCACCUCUUCCCUCUCCGCCGCUCUCGUCUACUACUACCAAUUCGCCGGCUGUCUCCGCCGUCGUCCGUCGGAUAACCGUCUAGAACUUCACUGUCAAGUGGGGAAUGGCGUUCCCGUAAUUCUAUCCACAGUGGAUUGUACCUUGGCAUCUGUUAAUUACCUGGAUGAUCCAGAUUAUAACUUCGCUGAGAAGAUGGUACCCGACCCGAGAGACGAUGAGGCUUUGACCCGACCCUUGAUUCUGCAACUGACCCGAUUUAAGUGUGGUGGGUGGGUUUUCGGAACGGCGGUUCACCACGCGAUGUGUGAUGGAAUGGGAUCAACGCUGUUUUUUCAUGCUAUGGCGGAGAUUGCUCGUGGGGAGAACGGGAUGAAGAUUGAACCGGUGUGGGACCGAUCGAGUUUGCUUGGACCGAGGAAUCCUCCGCGAGUUGAUUUUCCGGUUCAUGAGUUUCUCAGUUUGGAUAGGGAUUCGUCUCCGUACUUGGAAUCAGGUAAACCGGCGGUUCGAGAGUGCUUUGAGGUGAAGGAUGAGUGGUUGGAUCGGCUAAAGGGGUUUCUCCAUGAGCAAUCCGGUUCAAAUUAUACAACUUUUGAAGCUUUGGGAGCUUUCAUAUGGCGAGCGAAGGCAAAGGCUUCUAAAAUCCCAGAUGAUGAGACAGUGAAGUAUGCUUAUUUAACCAAUAUCAGAAGAAGAGUGAAGCCACCAUUGCCAGCAGGCUACUGGGGCAAUGGCUGUGUGCCGAUAUACGUUCAGCUCCUUGCAAAGCACCUCAUCAAUGAACCUAUCUGGAAAGCAGCAGACACGAUCAAGAAGAGCAAGAACAUCAUCACGGAUGAGUAUGUUCGUUCGUUCAUUGAUUUCCAGGAGCUGCAUUAUGAUGAAGGGAUCACAUCAGGGAAUAGGGUGAGUGCAUUUACAGAUUGGCGGCAUGUAGGCCACGAGACAGUUGAUUUUGGGUGGGGUGGCCCUGUGACUGUCUUUCCUCUGUCUAGGCACUUAGUUGGGAGUGUUGAACCUUGCUUUUUCUUGCCUUAUUCUUCUGCCACUGAAGGUAAGAAAGAUGGUUUCAAAGUUUUGGUCUGUCUGCAAGAACAAGCCAUGCCUGUUUUCAAGGAAGAGAUGGAAAAGUUGGAGCAUGGGCUUUUCAAGGAAGAGAUGGAAAAGUUGGAGCAUGGGCUUUCUUGAUUUUACUAUAUAUGUUGGUCCUCUUAUGUACUGAUGAUAAUGUAAUAUUUGUUGCUCUAUACUAGCAACUGUGUUGUGUGAAGUGUAAUAGAGAGGUAAAAAGAAAUCCAUUCCAUGAGCAGAAAAUCUAUGGAGGGCAGACAGGGGGCAAUAAACUGAAGGAAGAGACAAUAAUAGUCCUCUUAUGUACAGAUGAUAAUGUAAUAUUUGUUGCUCUAUACUAGCAACUGUGUUGUGUGAAGUGUAAUAGAGAGGUAAAAAGAAAUCCAUUCCAUGAGCAUAAAAUCUAUGGAGGGCAGACAGGGGGCAAUAAACUGAAGGAAGAGACAAUAAUUGUAAUUCAAUUUCAAAGCUUUCAGAGUCCUAUUUGCAAUAAAACUUGUCUGAGUGAUAUGCAAGUGA